GCGGGAGGGAGGGGAGGGGGGAAAAUGGCGAUGAACGUCAGGCGAGGCGCAGGGUAUUUCCCAAAUAACCACCGACGUCGCAGCCCGACGCUGCCGGCCGACAAGGGCAGCGAUCUUCCCGCGCAGAGGUUCGGAGCUCCAGAUAUGAAGACAAAGACUGAUUGUGGGAUCCCUGUGUGCCAACAGCCAUAUCGACACACAGCUUUGUCUCAACCACUACAGCCAAUGACUAUCCAAGCUGCACCCUCCAAGCAACUUCAGCCUACCUCGCCUGCUGUACUACCAUCCUCCUCCUCACCCCUGCCGCCUGAACAGAAAUAUAAAUCUUCUCAAUCUGAACAUGUCCCAGUACAGCAAGAGAUAGCACCAUCCUGUGAGGUCGACCGAGAUCCUGUCUUAGCAGACCUCUGUAGACCACUACUUUGUAAACUGUGCAAUGUGUCUCUGAAUUCAGCACAACAAGCACAGGCACAUUACCAGGGUAAAAAUCACUCUAAGAAACUUCGAAAUUACUAUGCUGGCCAUCAGUGUCCAGCUCCUACCAAAGUGACUCCAUCUGUAGAUCAGCCAGUUGUACAACCUGCAGCAGAAGUUUCCAAGCCAGGGUCCUCCAAGAUUGCAGGUCGUGUGAUUCUAGCCACAGCAAAUGAUUACUGCAAACUCUGCGAUGCUUCUUUCAUCCCAGCUGUGGCUCAGGCACAUUAUCAUGGGAAGAACCAUGCCAAGAGACUGCGGCUUGCAGAAGCCCAGAAAUCCAGUUCGCUUACGGAAACAACAGAUCUGGCAAAGAGACGACCAAGGAAAGAAGGGAGCGAAUUUAAAAACGUACCCAACCGGAGGAAUCUACAUGGAGCUCAAAAUACCCAAGGUCCUUAUUUUAAUCCUCGUCCACGUCAGCGGAUUCCACGUGACCUGGCAAUGUGUGUGACACCGAGUGGACAAUUCUACUGUUCUAUGUGCAAUGUGGGUGCGAGUGAGGAACAGGAAUUUCGGCAGCACCUAGAAAGUAAACUGCACAAAAGCAAGGUGUCAGAGCAGCGCUACCGGAGCGAGAUGGAGAACCUUGGAUACGCCUGAAGCUGUUGAGCUAAACACAUCUUAAAGCCUUAGGAGAAAGCUUAUGAUUGUCUGUUACCCAUGUUUAUACCAUCUCUGUACAGGAAGUUUUUCAAGAUUUAAAAUAAUUCACUUUAACUAUCACUGUUUUUUUAAUGUACAAAUCUUUGUUUGGUUCAGGUAAAACGUAAUUUGUUAUUUUUGUUGAAUGUUGCUGCUUUAUAGAGAAAACCUAAGUUUUUUUGCUAUUAUAUUCUGUCCCUUAAAGGGGUGAAUAUGUAACUGGGAAUAUUCUGCUUCUGAAGAUAAUUUCGGAGACAUUAAAUGAACGUAUUUGUUUUUCUUGUUACUGUAGAUUAAUUGUCUAGAAUUGUUUGUGUAAAUCUAAUUUGAAUGCUUUAACUAUUUUUGUUUCCCAGUUUAUAAUGGUUAUCUGAAGUUUGAAUCAAUUAUUUAUUGCUGGAUAAUCUUUAAACAGAGAGAGGGAGUUUGAUUAUCAAGGGUGUCUUUUGAAAAUGAUAUACUGUAGUUACAGGAAUUGUUAUUUUAACAUCCUUCUGUUUGAUUCAUUUCUAUUGAUAUUUAGGAUAUAUAUGUUUUUAACAAGUGCACUAGUGACAUUAAGGGGGAGGAUUACUAAAUUGAACAGUGUGAUGGUGCUGAAUAAAUUAUAAAGAGUUUUAUCAUAA